UCAUCCGAUUUGGAGAAGCAUAGGAGGACUCACACUGGCGAAAGUUCAUGCAUUUGUGAAAUAUGCGGCAAAAUUUUUUCUCGAUUAUACACUAUGAAAAUCCAUAUGAGGACUCAUACUGGCGAAAUACCGUACAUUUGUAAAAUAUGCAAGAAAAGUUUCGCAUACAAAAGUAGUUUGCAAAGACACAAACAGAAACAUUUGAAAGAAGCAUAG